CGGGCGAAGGGGCGUCCCCGCCGCCCCCGCCCCUCGCUCGCCCUUCACGAGCACCUGCGCGCGUCCUCCUCUCAUAGCAGCCAAAUUUUGUCGGCAGAGGCAACGGCGCACGUCGUCUUCUCUUCACCAACGUUAAGUUGGGCCAACGGCACUCUCCGCUAGCUGCUGUGUCCGCACCCUGCCGCCCUGCAUGGGUAUCGGCGAAAGCAAACAGUAGCGUUCGCAUCAUGAGCUCACACGCCUCGCUUCAUGCUUUGAUUCCUUCUCCCCCAACGGCUACUUUGCACUGGUUUUGUAGUGUAGCAGGUAGGUACGUAGAACCGAUACAGUGAGUGAGAGAUGCCGUAGUCAAUGGCGAAUGAUCCUACUUGUGAUGCCGUAGACCAUGAAGCUCUGUUUGGGGUUCUCUGGAUACAGUCGAUGGAGAACAAGAACAACAACAAGUAGGUCGGAGAAGCAUUGAAUAGAUCUGUUAGACAAAUGGCACACUUUCGCAUUAAUGCUUGGUGAUUUAGGAGCGCAGCUGCAAGUCUUGCUGACUUUAUGAGCCCCUAGGAAAAGUGAGCAGGGCAUCAUCUCAAGUACAAGAAAUUAGUUGACAUUAAAGAUGAUCGAUUGAGCUGCCUUUUGCAGUGGUCAUCCUCCGUUCCUUCACCCUUUCCACUAAAGCGUUCAUGGCGAUGUUCAUGGGCAAGUCACAUGAGCCCUCGGCCAACAAGGUCAACAUGGUGGAAGAGGUGCUCAUCAUUGUGGGAGGAGCAACAGUGGCACUGCUGCAGCAACAACAACAAAGGCUCACCAAGCUGAUACUGCUGCUUCACCAAAAUCUACCACUAGCUGUGGUGGUGUGCAAUUACUGGAGCUUAUCUACUCCUCAAACAGGCACUGGCCCGGGAACAGUAGAAGAGCGAGAACAAAAUGGGGUGAAGGGGCAAUGUGAGGGGUCAAGGAAGUCAGAUAAAAAUGAUUGGCCACGAGCCAAGAUAGCACAAAAAUGGGAGGACUUCCCCGCAAGCUUACAAGCCAUUGCUGUGCUACAGCCUUCUCCUGGUUACUACCCGAGCUACAGGUUCAGGCCUCUGCGAGGCUUCUACCGGGGGUUCAACAAUCUUUGGGGUCCCGAGCACCAAACGGUCUCGGGAGACCAGUCUUCGGUCACGAUUUGGCUCGACAGGAACUCAGGAAGUGGAUUCAAAUCUAUUCGCCCAUUUCGUAAUGGGUAUUUUGGCACAUCAAUCAAGCUUCAACCUGGCUACACUGCAGGAGUGAUCACAGCUUUUUAUCUUUCGAACAACCAAGCGCAUCCUGGAUUCCACGAUGAGGUGGACAUCGAGUUCCUGGGAACUACGCCCGGGAAGCCAUACACACUGCAGACAAAUGUGUACGUGAGAGGAAGCGGCGACGGCAGGAUCAUCGGCAGGGAGGUGAAGUUCCACCUCUGGUUUGAUCCUACUGCUGGGUUUCACAACUACGCCAUCCUGUGGAACCCAAACGAGAUCAUCUUCUUCGUCGACGACAUACCGAUACGGCGGUACCCGAGGAAGAACGCCGGCGCGACGUUCCCGCUGCGGCCGAUGUGGCUGUACGGGUCGAUCUGGGACGCGUCGUCGUGGGCCACCGAGGACGGCAAGUACAAGGCGGACUACCGGUACCAGCCGUUCGUGGCGCGGUUCACCCGGUUCGUCGUCCGCGGGUGCACGGCGUUCGCGCCGCUGCUUUGUCAACCGGUGCCCUCCUCGUGGCACGGCGACGGGCUCAGCCGCCGCCAGUACGCGGCCAUGCAGUGGGCGCAGCGGUACUACCUUGUCUACAACUACUGCAAGGAUCCCAAGCGGGACCAUUCGCUGACGCCCGAGUGCUGGAGCUGAAGGAGCCACAGAACCAUGAAAGCAUUUCUGCAAACACCUUUAUUCCUUGUUGCUAGAUGCCAUAAGAGGCUACGUAUUCUACAAGACAGUGAUGUAAUAGUUUUUCCUGCCGCUACAUUCUACUAUAGUUAUGCUGAAGACAAUAAAAAGGGAAAAAAGGAGGGCAAAGGGCCAGAGAGAGAAGCAAAAGAGAAGGAGAAAAAGGCAAUGGGUUUGUAGUGCAGUAUAUAGUGUUAGAUUUGUCUUGCUCACUUGUCAUAUCUUCUGGAAUCAAUUACGUUGAGAGAGCA